GAGGCUGCCGUUACCUCCUUGUCCCGAGCCACCGUAAAAUGGGGCCGCGCGGUCCACUUCUCUCGUCGCCUCUCAGUAGAAGUUAAUUUCAAUUUCAAAGCAACAGGGAGAGAGAGAGAGAGAGAGGGAGGGAGAGGGAGAGAGCGAGAACACGUAAACGAAUAUGGUCCGAGUAUGAAACGAAGGACACAGGGAAGAACACGACUCUCUUUCUGCUUUGCUUUUUAGCAUCGUCGUUUCGGUUCCACCGAUUCUCGCUCUCUCCUGUUCCAAGUUCCAAUCUCUUGCUGUUUCUCGCUCUCGUUCACUCACUCUCUCUCUAGAUGAGAAGCGAGGCCUCUUCGUCGGCCGGAUUCAACUUGGAAGGGCUCGAGGAUGUCGACGACUUCGUUCGGGGGGGUGACGGAGAGGCGUCAAUGUCGUUGGAGCGGUUUCGACAUGUUUCCGAUCUCAUGCGGUUGGGGAACCUAGCUUUCCGAGAGAAUCGUUUCGAAGAGGCAAUCAGUUAUUACUCUAAAGCUAAUACUAUCAAACCGGCUGACCCCAUUAUUCUCAGCAACAGAUGUGCUGCUUAUCUCAGGAUUUGUCAAUUUCUGAAACACAGACCUCCAUCAGCUUCUGAACAUAGACCAUUGAGUGGAUUGGAUCCCACAAUACAUGCUGAGCUUGCAUUAAAGGAUUCUGAGAAGGUGAUGAGCUUUCAAAGUGACUCCAUAAAAUCAUACAUUUUGAAGGCCAAUGCACUCAUUUUGCUGGAAAAAUAUGAGAUGGCACGGGAUGUUGUUCUUUCAGGUCUUCAGGUUGACCCUAUGAGCAAUCCUCUUUACGCUUUGGAGAAAAUAACUGCUAGCACAACUCGAAGGAAACCUGAGCACACUGAUGACUUCGAUUGUACUCUCUGCCUGAAGCUACUAUAUGAACCUGUUACAACUCCUUGUGGACAUUCUUUUUGCCGUGCAUGCCUGCUUCAAGCAAUGGACAGAGGUAACAGGUGUCCACUUUGCAGAACAGUUUUGUUUAUUAGUCCCAGAACUUGUGCAGUCAGUGUUGUGCUGAGCAGCAUAAUAGAGAAGAGCUUCCCUGAGGAACAUGCUGAAAGGAAGUUAGAGCAUGAUAGUUUGACAAACUAUGGAUCUGAUCUUAUACCUCUUUUUGUCAUGGAUGUUGUACUACCAUGCCAGAAGUUUCACCUUAACAUAUUUGAGCCCCGCUACAGGCUUAUGGUCAGGAGAAUAAUGGAAGGAAAUCGUCGUAUGGGAAUGGGUAUCAAUGACUCUGCAACAGAUUCCAUAGCUGAUCUUGCUUGUGAGGUGGAGAUUACAGAAUGUGAGCCACUUCCAGAUGGGCGCUUCUUCCUAGAGCUUGAAAGCCGUAGAAGAUUCCGCAUCCUCCGUAAUUGGGUUCAAGAUGGUUAUCGAGUGGCUGAAAUUGAAUGGAUAAGGGAUACAUAUCCAUUGGAAGGAACCAGAGAGAGAGGAGAUUUACAGGAACUGACGAACCAUGCAGCUGGAUUUGCUCGAAAAUGGAUGAGGAGAGCACGAGAAGCAGCACAGCAAGCACGAGAUAGAGGUAUACUUCUGGAACUUGAUAAAGCAGAGUCAAUGAUGCCCACAACAAAAGAUCCCGAGCUCUUCAGUUUUUGGCUUGCUACUUUAACAAAGCGGAGGCCAUCAGAAACAUUGGAACUCCUUCGCAUAAGAGAUACAAAUGAGAGGAUAAGAAGGGCACUGGUUUACAUGAAAUCUGAAGAACAAGGCUGUAGAGUGCAAUAACAGCAAACUGUAUCACUGAAAAUUUAUUAGAUAUAUGGUUAUUUUCAUUCACAAGCUGUUCAAUAUUAUAUUCUUUGAUCCACAAGAUGAAAAUUGUGGGUCCUCAUUUUUUGUACUAUAGGAAGGGAGAUUGACCUCAAAAGUUGAAUUAGUAUGACAAUCACAUUCCUUUGUAUGUAGCACUGCCUAUAUGCAAUCUUCUUUAUCUUUGUAUCAGAUAAUUUUUUUUUUUCUUUUUUUUGGAUUGUCAUAUUUGUAUCAGAUUUUAUCUACUCAAUUCAUUCCUUUCUUCCUAA